AUGAUAAAUUUGAACGACGAGUUAUCAGCUAUUCUCAUCUUGGUGGCUGUGUCUUGCGGUGGACUCUCUCUUAUACUCGUAAUCGGUGUAAUUAUAUUUUUAAUUUAUUAUAAUCAUAAGAAAAAGUCAAAAAUAAAUCCAAAUGAAGUUCGAGACACAUCUUCUCUUGAUACAAUUAGUAUCAAAUCUGUUGCAGAAACACAGCUUACUAAAACGACAAAAUCCGAAAAACGUUCAGGACGACAAAUACUUUCAGAUCGUGGACGACCUAUCGAAACACGUUCAGAACGACAAAUACUUUCAGAUCGUGGACGACCUCUCGAUAGCCAAGCGUCAACAAACAUUAUUCCUUCGUACAAAAAACGAACGCAUGAACGCAGUAUAUUAACACCAUUUACAGAAAGACGAAGUGAAAAUGGCAGCGAUCAGGAAAUGGAUGAUGUAAUGCCAAUAAAAACUCGACAUAUAAUGAACCCAAUGACAGAUAUGACACACACCUACCCACGUCAAACGCCGUAUCCAGCCGAAGUUAUUCAGCGAGAAAGAAUAAUGCAUGCACAGCGUUAUCCAGCAGCUAAUAAUGGUUAUUUCAACAAUUGA